AGACGCGCUCUCCUGCGCAUGCUCGGAACCGUGCCGGAGGGGCUGUACAGAGGCUGCGGGAGCGGGAGGGGGCCCGAAGAGGGAAUUCCAACCUGUGGAGCUUCGAGGGGCCGAGGUCGGCUCCUGCCCAUUGACUGCAAGGCGCGGGGCCUCUGGCGGCUCGCGGGGUUGUUGGGGUCCGCAGGGUGGAUGAGGGAAGGCAAUGUCAGUGUGAGUGGGGUCCGGGGAGUCCGAACUUAGAAUCGGCAGCCCUCGGGGCUCGGGCUCCGGCGAGAGGGUGCUUGGGCCGCCAUGCGGGACAGGACCCACGAGCUGAGGCAGGGGGACAACAGCUCGGACGAGGAGGACAAGGAGCGAGUCGCGCUGGUGGUGCACCCGGGCACGGCCCGUCUGGGGAGCCCGGACGAUGAGUUCUUCCAGAAGGUCCAGACAGUUCGGCAGACUAUGGUCAAGUUGGAGAGCAAAGUCCGGGAGUUAGAGAAGCAGCAGGUCACCAUCCUGGCCACGCCCCUUCCCGAGGAGAGCAUGAAGCAGGACCUGCAGAACCUGCGCGAUGAGAUCAAACAGCUGGGGAGGGAGAUCCGAGCCCAGCUGAAGGCCAUAGAGCCUCAGAAGGAGGAAGCUGAUGAAAAUUAUAACUCUGUCAACACGAGAAUGAGAAAAACCCAGCACGGCGUCCUGUCCCAGCAGUUUGUGGAGCUCAUCAACAAGUGCAACUCCAUGCAGUCUGAGUACCGGGAGAAGAAUGUGGAGCGCAUUCGCAGGCAGCUGAAGAUCACCAAUGCUGGAAUGGUGUCAGAUGAGGAACUGGAGCAGAUGCUGGACAGUGGGCAGAGCGAGGUGUUCGUGUCCAAUAUACUGAAGGACACACAGGUGACUCGACAGGCCCUCAAUGAGAUCUCAGCUCGGCAUAGUGAGAUCCAGCAGCUGGAACGCAGCAUCCGUGAGCUUCAUGAGAUCUUCACUUUUCUGGCCACUGAGGUGGAGAUGCAGGGGGAAAUGAUCAACCGGAUUGAGAAGAACAUCCUGAGCUCAGCAGACUACGUGGAGCGCGGGCAGGAGCAUGUCAAGCUAGCCCUGGAGAACCAGAAGAAGGCGAGGAAGGUACUGAGAGCACCAGUGCCCCAGGGCCUGGCCUUUCCUCCCAGCAGCUGUGGGGCAGGCAGAGCCUCCAGCAGACCCAGUCCCCACACCGGCCCUGUGCAGGGGCCAAUGGCUCUUCUGGAGUUGGCAGCUGCUCAUUCAUGGGGGUCUUCCCCAUCAGGCCACUGCCGGGGGAGGGCCUGCAGUGUCCUAUUUGGUUGGGACACAUGGUUUUGUAAAAAAUUAAAGAAAAGGCUUGCACCCCUGUGCAUGUGUGUUCCUGGAGGGGCUGGCGAAGGGCCUCGAGGUUCCCGCCCAUCCCCAGCUCAGUCCAGACUGCUCUCAGCAGCAGGACUACAGGCGGCUCAUCCUGCCUUUCCGCUGUCCCAUGGGGGUGUGGAGAGGGACAGGGGCAUCUGGCACCCAGCUCAGCACUGUCCCGCCACUGUGAGUAUGCAUCCCUGAACACGGCGGGGUCUG